CGGACACAUGGUAUGCGGCCAACGCCACGGUCAAAGAGAGAAAAUCUCUCGCAAAUUAUUUAUACAAGCGAGCCGCCUCUCUUGAGGCGGCAUGGCCAGAUGUCGGAAGCGACGAAAUUUUGCCCAGCACCUUGGGCCAACUCCGAUUACAGAGGCAAGCUUGUUUGCUUCCCCGCACGCCUUUCUGCCAUUUUUGCACACUGCCUUAACCUACUUGGAAAAUCAAGUCCAGGUCUUGGAACCUCAUCCACAAAAUUUUGUUUCGAAAGGAUACAUCUUUAGAAAGUUAAAAGAGAUUUUUACUGGGACUUUUGUCCCAAACCGCGUUUAUUCAAGCACCCAAGCAGCUGUGCAUACAGCAAUACAGCGACGGACCAACGUAGUUCUUGGGAGAAGACAAGCGCAUAAUGCGAUUUUGGACAAACUAGACCAGAUACAAGAUUUUGUCACUCUGACCAUUGGAGAACUAGAAGCGGGCACCUUUCGCCCGCAAAAAUAUACAGAUCCGAAGGGAUCCAGGAAGUUU